AUGUCAUCCAGAAUCCUCCCACCAGCCCUCGAACCCUAUCUCCAACUCCCACCCGAGACAUCUCUCAUCCUCCUCACUUCCACGCUCGGAUGUAGCGUCAACUGGCUCACAGCUCGCUUCAUCAGCAGCGCGCUCGCAUCCGACCAACAACAACAACAACCACCUCUCGCGAUUCUUCUCGUCAGCUGGAUUCGGGAUUUGGCUUUUUGGAAAAAUGAACUCCGAAGGACGAGUGGCAUCGACAUAUCCAAACUAUCUCAAACCAACAAAUUCGCUUUCGUCGAUUAUCUAAACAAUUCCUCCACUCCUUCCUCCCCAUCCACAUCACCUCCCCCCUCUCCCCCCAACCUCUCAACCUCCCACCCCCUAAUCCACCAAUCCCUCACCGACCUCCUCUCCUCCUCCACCCCCCCUAAAAUCCUCCUCAUCCUCGACGCCCCCGACAUCCUCCUCACCACCACCCCCUCCUCACCAACCCCCUCCUCUCUCCCAACCCUCCUCCUAACCCUCCGCUCCCACCCCUCCAUCCACUCCACCCUCCUCUCCACAUCCGCCGACUUACCUCUAAUUUCCAACGCCACACAAAACCCACAAAACAGUCAUACUGCAGCACCAACUUCCUUGGAAAUUUCUUCUGCGGCGUUUAUUUCUACCCAAGCGCAUUUGAGUCGAUGGGUCAUGGGUGUCAGAGCGUUGGAGACGGGCGCCGCGAGGGAUGUUAGUGGGGUGUUGAGGAUUACGAGGGGGGGUGGAUGGGAGUGGGAGGAAGAUGGGGAGGGAGAGGGGGAGGGGAUGGGAAGAGAGGUGGAGUUGUUGUAUUUGGUGGGACGGGAUGGGAAUGUGAAGGUUUUUGAGAGGGGGGUGGAUGGGUAG